AUGUGCAAUCUCCACUGUAUCACUUCGCCAACUUACUUGGAGGAUGGCACACCAAUGGUGGUGAUCCCAGACCAUGUCUUGAUGCAGGGAUUGGAAAAUAAAAAGAGCCACAAGAAAUCGAGAUGUUUGCUCCUUCAUGAGACUAAAACUAACACUCCGUGCUUUGUGGAUACUAAUGCAACCGCUGAUAUGCUUCUGAAGUUGUUAAUACUACAACUCUGGACGUUCCUUUUUGUUGCUCCUAUGGAAGCAGCCAAUGAAGUUUCAAGUGAUGUUGUUGUUGCACAUGUUUCAGUUUUACCUACAUCAGCCUUAUCAUGUGAAGAGGCGGAACCGGUGGCAACUCAUGUUGCUAAUCCAAUUGAUUUUGAUCAUAUCAAUGCUUUAGAAAAUGCCAACGCUACUCCUUCAUUUGGUUCUCCUCCGGAUUUGGUAACCUUCUCAACUUCUCCUCUCUCAGAUUCAUUUGCUAAUGAAGUUGUGCAAGGGAAUGUCUUUGGAAGCAAUCAUUUUGCUGCGUUAGACUUUGGGGCUUUAGUUUUGAGAUGGGUGACACCUCUCAAAGGACAAGAGGAGGAAGACCAAUAA